GGAAGGGAGAGAGAAUAAUUCUUGUUGGCACUUCGUCACAUACAUCUCAAGCUUCACAAAGAAUGAAUAACAUCAAAGCUGAGUACUUUAGCCUGAAUAAAAUUCUUCUGCUUGCUAUUGGCCUGUGGCCUUAUCAACAAUCAAACUUCACGCGGUUUCAAUUUAUUCUUCUGUCUAAUAUUCUGACGACAAACAUUAUAUUUCAGGUAAAGAAUUUACUAGAACAACUAUUGCAUGUAUGUAAUGAAUUAAAAGACGAAAAUGAAAUUGCUAUUAUAAAUGAAUGUAGAUAUAAUAGCAAAUGUUAUACAAUGGCACUUACAGUACUUGCCGUUGUCAGCAUAAUAGCUUUUAUCACUGCAUCAUUUUGGUCGAAUAUUUUGGACAUUAUUUUAUCGACAAACGCAUCAAGAUCACAUCAUUUGUUGAUUAUGACAGAAUAUUUUAUUGAUCAAGAGAAAUAUUUUUAUUUUAUUCUGUUGCAUAAUAUUGCAUCAGUUUGCAUCGGGACAAUUGCAAUGUUAGCGACAGGAACAAUACUUAUUAUGUAUUUUCAAUACACUACUGGAAUGUUUAAAAUUGCCAGUUACCGUAUCAAACGUGCAAUGAACGUUGAUAUGUUACAAAAUAUUAAACAAAAAAACAUUUUGAUAUACAAGGGUUUAAUUUGUGCUGUGGAUAUUCACCGACAAGCUAUGAGAUUGUCCCAACACUUUAUAUCCAGUUUUGAAGCAAUGAUGUUUUGUUUAAUAAUAGUUGGAGUAGUCUCAGUGAGCCUUAAUUUGUUUCGAAUUUUUCAGGUUGCAUCAGUUACAAAGAACGUAAAAGAAUUGAUAACCCCCAUUAUAUUUGCAAUUGCCACUAUCGUGUACAUGUUCAUAGCCAACUAUGUCGGACAAACUAUAACGAAUCACAAUCAACAUGUAUUUAUUACCGCGUAUAAUGUGCGAUGGUACUUUGCUCCCUUGUAUAUACAAAGAAUGAUCCUAUUUUUGUUGCAAAGAAAUUCUCGAAACUUUACUUUGAAUAUCGGUGGACUGUUUGACGCAUCUAUAGAGUGCUUCGCUACGUUAGUGAAGACCUCAGUAUCUUAUUUUACAGUUAUAUAUUCUACACGAUAAAGAAAUUGUAAUAGUUUGAAUUAUAUAAAAGUACAAUAAGUAAGAGUACAGUUAGAAUAAAGAAACAACAUUA